AAAGCACUUGGCCGCCAGCCGCCGCCCCGGCCCGAGGUUUCAUUUUGACCCGAGUCUCGGCGACAGCGCGGCGCGGCGAGGGGCUGGGGCGGGCUGCGCACAGCGGCUGCCGCUUUUCCAGGGCUGCAGUUCAUGGGGAUGUGUUCACGGCAAGAGCGGAUUCAGAAGGACGUGGACGUCGUGAUCCAGAGGUCCAGAGCCGACAAGGACUGCCUGUUCGCAGAUUUCAGGUACUCAGACUCCACCUUUACUUUCACCUACGUUGGCGGCCCCAGAAGUGUAUCCUAUUCAGUACAUGUAUCUGAAGAUUACCCAGAUAAUACAUAUGUGUCAAGUUCAGAAAAUGAUGAAGAUGUAUUAGUUACUACAGAGCCAAUUCCAGUGAUUUUUCAUCGAAUAGCAACAGAAUUAAGGAAGACAAAUGACAUUGACUGUUGCUUGUCCAUCAAAUCCAAGCUGCAGAAGGAAAGUGGGGAGGAGUCAAGACAAAACAGUACAGUGGAAGAAGAUUCUGAAGGAGAUAACGAUUCUGAAGAGUUUUAUUAUGGAGGCCAGGUGAACUACGACGGAGAGCUGCACAAGCACCCCCAGCUUGAAGCUGACUUGUCAGCAGUGAGAGAGAUUUACGGGCCACGUGCCGUUUCUCUCAGGGAAUAUGGAGCCAUUGAUGAUGUCGAUAUUGAUCUGCAUAUUGAUGUUAGCUUUCUUGAUGAGGAGAUUGCUGUGGCCUGGGACGUGAUUCGAACAGAACCUAUAAUUGUCCGACUACACUGCUCACUGACACAGUAUUUAAAUGGCCCAGUGCCCACGGUUGAUGUCUUUCAGAUUUCCACAAAAGAGAGAUUUGGACUGGGACACCAGCUGAAAAAAAUCAUGCAGACAUUUGUUACACAGCAGUGGAAACAGAGCAAAGAAAAAUCCAGUUGCCUGCACAAUAAGAAGCUGUCAGAGAAGAAAGUGAAGUCUCCCCUGCAUUUGUUUUCUACCUUGCGCAGGUCGCCCAGUUAUCCUCCCCCCGGCUGUGGAAAAAGCAAAUCCAAGCUGAAGUCGGAGCAGGACGGGGUGUCCAAGACGCACAAGCUGCUGCGGAGGACGUGCUCCAGCACCGGCAAGGCGGAGGACGCCUGCGCCCCGAAGCCGCCCCGGACCUUCGGCCGCUCGCUGUCCAGCGACCCGCGGGCCGAGCCGGCGGGGCCGGCCGCCAAGCCGCCGCGGCUCCUGGGCCGCACGUGCGCGGCGGCCGCCAAGCCCGAGGACUGCCCGGCGCCGCGGGCGCAGAAGCUGCCGCCGCGCGCCUGCCCCGGGGACCCGCGCUGCGAGCCCGGCGCGGGCGCGAGGCCGCCGCGGCCGCUGAGCCGGUCCUGCCCCGGCGGCCUCCGCGUGGAGGAGCUGUACGGGCCCCGGGGCCACCGGCUGCUGGGCAGGGCCGCCGGCGCCGCCAGGGCGCCCCGGACGGAGCCGGCCAAGGAGCCCGGCGCGGAGGGCCGGCGGCUGUCGCUCACCUCGGGGCUCAUGGGCAUCCUCACGCCGGCGGCCUCGUCGCCCGCCGCGCCCGCGCCAAAUGGUGCCAAAUGCAUUCCAAUAAGAGACCGUGGCUUCCUAGUGCAGACAAUCGAGUUUGCUGAACAGCGGAUCCCUGUGUUGAAUGAGUACUGUGUGGUCUGUGACGAGCCCCACGUGUUUCAGAACGGCCCCAUGCUCAGGCCUACUGUGUGUGAACGAGAGCUGUGUGUAUUUGCUUUCCAAACCCUGGGAGUAAUGACUGAAGCUGCUGAUGAAAUAGCAACUGGAGCUCAGGUGGUAGAUCUGCUAGUAUCCAUGUGUAGGUCUGCGCUGGAAUCUCCUAGAAAAGUGGUCAUUUUCGAGCCGUAUCCUUCUGUGGUAGAUCCUAAUGACCCUCAGAUGCUGGCCUUCAACCCCAGGAAGAAGAACUAUGAUCGAGUAAUGAAAGCACUGGAUAGCAUAACUUCUAUCAGAGAGAUGACACAGGCACCAUAUCUGGAAAUCAAGAAGCAGAUGGAUAAACAAGACCCCCUUGCUCAUCCCUUACUGCAAUGGGUUAUUUCAAGUAAUAGGUCACAUAUUGUGAAACUGCCAGUGAACAGGCAGCUGAAGUUCAUGCACACGCCGCACCAGUUCCUCCUCCUCAGCAGCCCCCCAGCCAAAGAAUCCAACUUCAGAGCUGCCAAGAAGCUCUUCGGAAGCACCUUCGCGUUUCAUGGCUCGCACAUUGAAAACUGGCACUCCAUCCUGAGGAAUGGUCUGGUGGUUGCUUCUAAUACACGACUGCAGCUCCACGGUGCAAUGUAUGGAAGUGGAAUCUAUCUUAGUCCAAUGUCAAGCAUAUCAUUUGGCUACUCAGGGAUGAACAAGAAGCAGAAGGUGUCAGCCAAGGAUGAGCCGGCUUCAAGCAGUAAAAACAGCAACGCAUCACAGUCACAGAAAAAAGGACAGCAAUCCCAAUUCCUGCAAAGCCGUAACUUAAAAUGCAUAGCCUUAUGUGAAGUGAUCACCUCACCUGACCUGCACAAACAUGGAGAGAUAUGGGUCGUCCCAAAUACGGACCAUGUCUGCACACGAUUCUUUUUUGUCUACGAAGAUGGCCAAGUGGGAGACACAAAUAUUAACACACAAGAAGGAGGCAUUCACAAAGAGAUCCUUCGAGUAAUUGGUAAUCAAACUGCUACUGGUUAAAGGACCACCAUUUAAUUAACGUGAUUUGAAAGCCUUCCUCGGGUUCAAAGCUGGAUUUUGAACUGAAGAAGAUGAUAAAAUAAUUUAUUGUUAUUAUAAACAAAAUUAACCCUUUGAAUACUGAUUUUUUCUUAGUAUUUCUAAGUAUCUCAUUAAAUACCUAAAAUGGUAUAAAAUUUAUCAAUUGUAGGGUUAUGGAAUCUAGUAAUAAAAUUACAACAGCACUUAAACUGAAGUUUGGGUUGCUCACACAAUAAACAGUUUGAAAAAAC